AUGACUAGUGAAGAUUCUGCUUUCACUGUUCCUGCAUCUUCCCACGUGAUCCGGCGGCCGGCGGAUCUCUCCUACCUCAAGGGAGUGCCCGCACAAGAGACGCUUGACAUAAGGGCUUGGGCUGAGUAUGUUGUGGAAUGGGCUGCAAAGGAACCAUAUGGCUUCCUUAAAACACUUAUUUUGGCCCUCAUGCCAUUGUUCCUAGCUAGUGCUGCUCUAUCCUGGAAGUUGGUCAAGAUGAUUGAAGCCAGGGAGAAAGAGCAAAAGAAGAAACAAAAACAUCAAGAAAAUGUUUUAAAAGCUAAACGACUAAAAACAGAUUGA